GCUGCGACAAUGAAAACAGUCGCUUUACGGCAAGCGUGAAUCCGUAUGGAAAGCUUGUUGUUAGCCGUGUAGCUGUUGAAGUGCCACUUACGCUCUUGUUUCUUUCAUGAGCUCGAGCAAAACAUUCUCACUUUUAGGUUUUUAACCCGCUGUCAUGGAUGUCGGAGAGCUUCUGAACUAUCAGCCUGAUAGAGGAGCAAAGCGUCCCAGGGGGGGAGAUGGAGAUGAGGAGACCAAAGGAGGGAAGCAGCAGAAGGGACUCAGUGCCAGGGAGUUGGCCCGAUACCGGGAAGCAGCGGCAGGAAUGGAAGGAGGGGGGGACACCGAAGAUCUGACAGGGGACAAGAAGAGGAUCCUGGAGAAGCUGAUGGACCAAGAUGAAGAAGAACCUGAGGCAGAGCCGGUGGAUGAGAGUUCAGUGAAGAAAAUGAUCCUGACCUUUGAGAAAAGGUCGUACAAAAAUCAGGAGCUGAGGAUUAAGUUUCCAGACAACCCAGAGAAGUUCAUGGAGUCAGAGCUGGAUCUGAACGACAUCAUCCAGGAAAUGCAUGUCAUUGCAACAAUGCCAGACCUCUACCACCUGCUGGUGGAGCUUAACGCCGUCCACUCCCUGCUGAGCCUCCUCAGUCAUGAAAACACUGAUGUUGCCAUAGCAGUGGUGGACCUGCUACAAGAGCUGACGGAUAUCGACACCCUCCAGGAGAGUGAGGAAGGUGCUGAGGUGCUCAUAGAUGCUCUGUUGGAGGGUCAGGUGGUGGCCUUACUGGUGCAGAAUAUGGAGCGGCUGGAUGAACAGGUGAAAGAAGAGGCCGAUGGCAUCUAUAACACGCUGGCAAUCACAGAAAAUAUGGCGGAGUUCAGACCGGGCCUGUGCACCGAGGCAGCUCAGCAGGGACUGAUGCAGUGGCUGCUCAAGAGAAUCAAGGCAAAGAUUCCGUUUGAUGCUAACAAGUUGUACUGCAGUGAAAUCCUGGCCAUCCUGCUGCAGAACAACGACAAUACCAGAGAACUAUUGGGAGAGAUGGAUGGCAUUGAUGUGUUACUGCAGCAACUAUCUGUGUUCAAGCGUCACAACCCGUCCACUGCCGAGGAGCAGGAGAUGAUGGAGAACCUCUUCGACGCCCUCUGUUCAUGCCUCAUGCUGCCAGCCAAUCGGGACCGCUUCCUCAGAGGGGAAGGGCUGCAGCUGAUGAAUCUCAUGCUCAGAGAAAAGAAAAUGUCCCGAACCAGCUCGAUGAAGGUCCUGGAUCACGGCAUGAUUGGACCGGAGGGAGCAGAUAACUGCCAUAAGUUUGUGGACAUCCUUGGCUUGCGAACCAUCUUUCCCCUUUUCAUGAAAACCCCAAAGAAGAUGAAGAAAGCGGCCGCUUCAGAGAAGGAGCAUGAAGAACACGUCUGCUCCAUCAUCGCCUCCAUGCUGAGAAAUCUCAAGUCCCAGCAGAGAACCCGACUCCUCAACAAGUUCACAGAGAACGACUGUGAGAAGGUUGAUCGACUGAUGGAGAUGCAUUUUAAGUACCUGGAGGCUGUUCAACAGGCCGACAAGAGGAUCGAAGGAGAGAAACAUGAGAUGGUUCGCAGGGGGGAGAUCCUGGACGAUGGCAUCGAGGAUGAGUUCUACCUACGCCGCCUGGACGCUGGACUAUUCGUGCUUCAGUUGAUCUGCUAUAUCAUGGUGGAGAUCAGCAACUCAGGGAUAUCACAGCUGCAGCAGAGGGUCCAUCAAAUUCUCAACCUAAGAGGAGGCUCUGUCAAAGUAGUGCGACACAUCAUGAGAGAGUACGCAGAGAGCAUCGGAGACGGAAAGACCGACGAGUUUAAAGAGGCCGAGCGGAAGAGAAUCAUGGACCUUGUUGAAAAUUUCUAAUUCUCACACACACAUACAAUAUAUUCUCACACUUGAGAAUGUCAAAAACCGUGCCGUCUUAUUUGGACUGAUGGUGACCGUGAGCCAUUCUAGGAACUAAAGCGUUCCUCUGUAACAUUCCAAACCAACUAAAGCCAUUGUGUACAUGCACAGCAAUACCGCAGCUACUGGACCGAGUUUUUUUUAAAUUAACUUUGACUUAAUCUUUGGCAUCAAUUGUCCGAUCUGAAAUUGGACAAGUAUUUUUUAAUGAAUUCAUUUCAAUAAAUCUCAUAAGCACAAUAUUUUUGUGCCACUUAAAUGGUUGGAGUGAAAUGUUUGCUGUGCAUGUUCCCUGUCGGAGAGCAGAAAGCUCGACUUCUGAGCCACGUGAUCCUUGUUUUCCCUCCCGUGGCGUAAUCGUUAUCCCAGCAAAAUAAUUACGGACAGAUCUGCAAACUCAGCAUCAAUCCCUCGGCUCUACCGCUUGACCUCGCCGGUUGGUUUUGGAUUCACGUGUAAGAUAUUCUUUUCUAAUAAAACAUUUGCUGAUAAAACCCUGCGUGUUUGA